CACGUCGCUCGCCGUGGGAGUCGGUGAUUUGUCCGAACCCACCCCACGGAAGCGAGUGUUGGGGGUGUCGAUCUCUUCGGAGAGCGGUCUCAUGGCGAUCUCCACGGCCGCGAUCGGGCCGAUCGCUCGCCACCACCCGAUCCGGUGGCGCCGAGUGACGGGACCCCCGAGGAGGGUGGCAGUCGCCGUCGCGGCGGCGAGGAAGUCCAUCGAAGGGGUCAGCGACGAGCUCAACGCCGUGGCCGCGGAGAACCUGGACUUCGCACCCGCUCGUCGCCGCGUCCGCGCCGCCUUCGCCGACGUUCAGCGCCGCCUCGACCACUUCUUGUUCAAGAUGGCUCCGACUGGAAUUCAGAUGGAGGAGAGAUACAAGACAAAUUCCAAAGGAAUGGAGAUAUUCUGGAAGAGCUGGCUGCCGAAACCUGGUACCACCACUAAAGCGGCCCUCUUCUUUUGCCAUGGCUAUGGUGACACCUGCACAUUCUUCUUCGAGGGGAUUGCGAAGAGGAUUGCAGAUGCGGGCUAUGCAGUCUUCGCAAUGGACUACCCCGGGUUUGGUCUCUCACAGGGCCUGCACGGCUACAUCCCGAGUUUCGAUGGAAUGGUAGACCAAGUCAUCGAGCGAUAUGCUGCCAUCAGAGGUACAAAAGAAGUGAGGGGCCUGCAACACUUCCUGUUGGGGCAGUCAAUGGGUGGUGCUGUUGCUCUCAAAGUCCACUUAAAGCAACCAGAGGUGUGGGGUGGGGUGCUUCUUGUGGCUCCAAUGUGUAAAAUUGCAGAAGAGGUGACACCACCAGGACCUAUUUUAAAAGCAUUAUCUCUCAUGUCAUAUGUUCUACCUGAGGCAAAGCUAUUCCCCCUGAAAAAUAUAGGAGAUUUAGCAUUCAGAGAUCCCGAGAAAAGAAAAGUGGCUGAGUUCAAUGUGAUUUCAUAUGCUGACCAAAUGCGGUUAAGAACAGCUGUUGAGCUAACAAAGGCCACACGUGAUAUUGAGUCACAACUGGAGAAGGUUUGUGCCCCAUUGCUGAUUCUCCAUGGAGCUGCAGACAAGGUGACAGAUCCAAAUGUUAGCAAGUUCCUUUAUGCUAAGGCCAGUACUAAAGACAAAACCCUCAAGCUGUAUGCAGAAGGAUAUCAUUCUAUUCUGGAGGGAGAACCAGAUGAAAGGAUCUCAAGUGUCAUUAAUGAUAUCAUAUCAUGGCUGGAUUCUCAUACAGAGACAUAUUAAUUCAUUAUUAUCGACACAUUGUGUUGCUCCCAAGUAAUUCUUUGCUGAUGCAGAUUGAAGUGCUUGGUUGAUCUUUUAUCGUUUGUUGUAAUUUUGGCUUCCUUGCCUAUUCGUUUCUUGACUGUUGUGAUCCAACUGUAUUAUGUUCCGUUUAGCAUGCUGUGUAUAUAUCAUAGGGAACAGAAUAUUUAAUGAAAUAUUUCGCGGAAAGGAGAAUGAAUAUUUCGUAGACUCCA